AUUGGUUUGUGGUGGUUACUUAUUUUUAAUAUUAUGGUGUUAGGUUAGGAUUAUGUAAGAUGGCAGGAUUUUGUGUUGCUAGAAGGAUUGUCGUUUCACUAUUUUCCCCUAAACGUUUUCAAAUAAGAGCGUUUGCUGAACCAAUUUAUUGUAAAGCCAACCUGUCAACAAAUCCCAUUAGAGCAAAACCACCUUCUCUCUUAUUUUUAACAGUUGCUAGUGUUGGAGCUGGAGCCGUUUUAGGAGGAGGUUAUUCUUUCUAUUUAAUUCAAACUGCAAGUACUCCUGUGUCAAAUGAAGGUGUAGGUACGACUGCAACUUUAUUGGAACAUUUUCCAGAUGUUAGUAUUUCUAGAAAGAUAUACAAUGCAGAUGAUACCAGUGGCCUACAACUUACGUUAUUUCAGUAUCCAACCUGUCCGUUUUGUUGCAAAGUACGUGCAUUUCUAAACUACUAUGGAAUUUCAUAUAAUGUGGUUGAAGUAAACCCAGUAUUAAGGCAGCAAAUGGGUUGGAGCAAGUACAAGAAAGUCCCAAUACUUUUAGCCAAAGUCGAGGAUGGCUAUCAGCAACUCAAUGACAGUUCGAUGAUUAUUUCGGCAUUGUCGUCAUAUCUGCUAGAGUCUCAAGGGAACUUGUCCGAGAUAGUCAGGUGCUACCCGAGCAUAUCUUAUCAUGACGAUGAUGGAAAACUGAAGGACGAGGUUGUAAACAGAUAUUUUAUCAUGUUCAAUGAUGAAAUCCCUAAGAACAGAAACAAAGAGGAAUUAGAAGAGGAAAGAAAAUGGAGAAAGUGGGCAGACAGUGUCUUGGUCCACACACUUUCACCUAAUGUCUAUCGUACCAGGGCAGAAGCAUUUCAAGCUUUCCAUUGGUUUUCUGAGGUUGGCGAAUGGGAUAGGUUGUUCUCAAGCUGGGAAAGAAAUUUAAUUGUCUAUGCUGGAGCAUAUGCUAUGCUAAUUAUAGGAAAAAGAUUAAAGAAAAGGCACAACCUAAAGGAUGAUGUCCGUCAGUCACUAUACGAUGAGUGUAACUACUGGAUGAAAGCUGUUCAGAAGAAAAACACACCAUUCUUGGGUGGCAAACAACCGAACCUAGGUGACCUUGCCGUGUACGGCGUGUUGAGUAGCAUCGAGGGCUGCGACGCUUUUCAAGAUCUCCUUGAAAACACCAAAAUAGGAAAUUGGUACUGGCCAAUGAAGCAGUUAGUACAGUCAAACACAGGGGUUGUGAUUACGUAGUGUAUUUUAGAAAACUAUUAUAAGAUUUUUAUUGACAAGUUUCAGCUGUACAUUGUAUUAUUUGUAUAUGUAAAUAAAAGCAAUGUUAACUUACAAA